AUGACAACACAAAUACAUUCAAUCGAUGAAGAUAUUGAUGAUCAAUUAUAUAAUCGUCAACGAUAUGUAUUAGGUGAUGAUGCAAUGAAAUGUCUAAGAAAACAUCAUGUAUUAAUAAUUCAUGCCGGUGGUUUAGGAAUUGAAAUAGCUAAAAAUAUUGUUCUUGCUGGUGUACAAAGUGUAACUUUACAAGAUACAAUCAAUACAAGUAUAUUAGAUUUAGCUACACAAUAUUAUUUAUGUGAAAAAGAUAUUGGAAAAAAUCGAGCAGAAUGUAGUCUGGAAAAAUUACGUGCAUUAAAUGAUUAUGUUAAAGUAUAUAUAUCAAAAAAAUCUCUUUCUGAUUGUUCAGAUGAAUAUUUAAAACAAUUUACUUGUGUCGUUUUAACUGAAUGUAAUCUUGAUGAAAUGAAAACAAUUAAUGAAAUCUGUCGAAUAAAUAAUAUUAUUUUUAUUAUGGCUGAUAUUUAUGGUGUUUUCUCUCGAUGUUUUAUCGAUUGUGGAAAUGAUCCAUUUACAGUUUAUGAUAAAGAUGGUGAACAAUUAAAAGAAAUAUUUAUUAAUCAUAUAUCACCAGAAGGAACUGUUACAGUCGCAGGUGAUGAACGACAUCCAUUUCAAGAUGGUGAUAUUGUUUCAUUUCGAGAACUAGUCGGAUUAGAAAAUUUGAAUAACUGUGAACGAACAAUUAAAGAUCUUAAUAUUCAUCAAUUUUCAAUUGGUGAUAUAUCAUCACUUGGUGGAGAAUAUAAACGAGGUGGAAUUGCACGUGAAGUUAAACAACAAAUUAAAUUGAAUUUUAAAAGUCUUAAUGAACAAAUACAUAAUCCGAAAAUUUUAACUAUUGAUGGUUCAGAUUAUUGGACAAAGAAUAUUACUGGAGAAAUACCGGAUUUAAUCUAUAUACAUGUUAUUAUGUUAGCUGUUAGUGAAUUUAAAAAAAUAUAUCAACGAUUACCAGAACCACAUCAAAUGAAUCAAGAAAAUGAUGAAACAAAUCUUUUAAAAUUAGCUCAACUACAUUUAAAUGGAUUAACAACGAAAGAUCAUUCUAUUAAUGAAAAUCGUUUUAAUCAUCUUCUUAAAUGUCUUGUUUAUACAGCAAAAGGUUCAUUUGCUCCAUUAUGUUCAGCUAUGGGUGGUUUUGUUGGUCAACAAGUAUUAACAUCAAUUACUGGUAAAUUUACUCCAAUUCAACAAUGGCUUUAUCUUGAUGCUUAUGAAUUAAUUAAAGAAAUUUCAUUUGAAGACGAAUAUAAUAAAAUAAAAUUAAUAUCACCGGAUCGAUAUCAAUCAUUAAGAUUAUGUAUUGGUGAAGAACUUGUUCAAUGUCUUGCAAGACAACGUUUAUUUAUGGUUGGUUGUGGUGCAAUUGGAUGUGAAUUAUUAAAAUUAUUUGCAUUACUUGGUGUUGGACGAAAUGGAGAAAUUACAAUAACAGAUCAUGAUCAUAUUGAAAAAUCAAAUUUAAAUCGACAAUUUCUAUUUCAUAAACAACAUCUUAAUCAACCAAAAUCAAUUGUAGCUGCACAAUCAGCUCGUGAUAUGAAUAAUGAACUUAAGAUUCAAUCAUAUACAUUAAAAGUUGGUGUUGGGUCGAAUGACUUAUGUUCGGAUGCCUUUAUGUGUGAUCAAACAAUCAUUGUUAACGCACUUGAUAAUAUCGAAGCCAGACGUUAUAUGGAUUCACGUUGUGUUACCAAUAAAAAACCUUUAAUUGAAUCUGGAACGAUGGGUCCAAAAGGUCAUACAUUUGUUGUUGUACCUUACAAAUCAGAAUCUUAUUCAAAUCAAAGUGAUCCAAUUGAUAAAGAUGUUCCAUAUUGUAAUGUUAAAUCAUUUCCAGCUAAUAUUGAACAUUGCACAAUAUGGGCAAGAGAAAAAUUUGAAAGUACUUUUCAUAUGAAACCAUCAUUAUAUAAUAGUGUUAUGUCACAGACAAAUAUUUGGAAUCGUAUUAAUAAUGGUGAAACUAUUGAUGAUUUACCAAAAAUUUAUAAAUUUAUGAAAAGAAAAUGUACGAAUUGGAAUGAUUGUUUAAAUUCAGCAAGAGAAAAAUUUGAUAAAUAUUUUUCAAAUAAAGCACGAGAUUUAUUACAUAAAUUUCCUGCAGAUAUGAUUGAUGAUAAAGGAAUUCCUUAUUGGAAAUUACCAAAACGAGCACCAACUCCAACUGAAUUCAAUAUUAAUAAUAAUCUUCAUUAUGAUUUUGUCUUAUCUUGUGCAAAACUUUUUGCUGUGAUAUACAAUAUUCAAGUAAAUAAAGAACGAAUAUAUGACGUUGAAACAAAUAAAAAUAUCAUUUUACAAACGAAAAUUGAAACAUGGCAACCAAGAAAUAAGAUAAUUAUAACUGAUCCAGCUGUUGCAAAACCAGUAUCAACUAAACAUGAAGGUGAUAUUAGUACAGAUGAAUGGAGAUUUGCACAAGAACGAACUAAAGAUUUUCAAGCUGUACCAAUACCAUUUGAAAAAGAUGAUGAUUUUCAAAUAGAUUUUAUUACAACUGCAACAAAUUUACGAGCACAUAUGUAUGGUCUUGAACCAAGUGAUCGUUAUGAAAUAAAACGAAUAGCAGGACGUAUUGUACCAGCUAUUGGAACGACAACUGCAACUGUAUCUGGUCUUAUUAUUGUUGAACUUGUUAAAUUAUGUUUUAGUCAAAUGAAGGAUCUUCCAUUAAGUGUUUAUAGAAACUUUUAUAUUAAUAUUGCAUUACCAUUUUUAAUCGCUAGUGAACCAUUAGCAUGUACAACACAGAAGAUUGGAAAAUUUGAUGUUAAUAUUUGGUCAAGCUUUGAAAUUAAAGGAAAUCCUGAUAUGACUCUGGAAGGAUUUAUUAAGGAAGUAGAAAGAAAAUAUGAUAUUAAACCAGCAUUAAUUUCUGAAGGAGUUAAAUCUGUUUAUGCACCAUGGAUGCCUAAAGCUUCAUCACAAUUAAAACGAAAAAUGGAUGAAUUAUUACCACAUAAACCUAAUAUAACUUAUUCUGAUUUAGUCGUUUUACCAGAUGAAAAUGAUAUGGAUGUUCAACUGGAUAGUAAUGUUGAUGCUACACCACCACCAAUUCGUUAUUAUUUUAAUAGUUAA